UUUUUUUCAAGUUUGUGGGAGUUUUUCCUUUAAUUAUUGUUGGAUAUCUUCAGAGCGACAUUUGCGGACUUUUCGUUUUUUCGCGGACUUAUACUUUUUUGCGGAUUUUUCCUGUUUAAAUCGUCCUUUGGUAUCUGAUAUCGAUUCAAAAACCAUGCCCAGAAUCCAGAGACCACUUUCCAUUUUUUGCGGACUUUUCCUUUUUUUGCGGACUUUCCAUUUUUUGCGGACUUUUCCUUCUUUUGCGGACUUUUCCUUCUUUUGCGGACUCUUUCUAUUUGCGGAUUUCUUACCUGUAUUUUUUAAAUCGUUCAUUGGUAUCUGA